AUGUUAGCCCAGCUGCCUCUCCGGUUUCUUGAUACAGGAAGAUUUGAAAGAGAAGUACCUCUUGUAUACAGCAACUCAAGAAUGAGCGACGCCAAUACCCUCAACACCACAGAAGUGGCAGCUGGUCCCACCACACCACGCAAGGGACCUCCCAAGUUCAAGCAAAGGCAGACAAGACAGUUCAAAAGCAAGCCCCCAAAGAAAGGAGUAAAAGGGUUUGGAGAUGACAUUCCAGGUAUGGAGGGACUUGGAACAGAUAUUACAGUGAUCUGUCCAUGGGAGGCUUUCAGCCAUCUGGAACUGCAUGAGCUGGCACAGUUUGGUAUCAUCUAAGUCACCAGAAUCACUGCUGGUGUCUUCCAAGGUUCCAGAAUGGUCUUCUUCACCAUUGACACUUAUUUUCGGCCCUUCCAUCCACCUGCUGACAUUCUGUUGAGCACGUGCAG